UGCGAUCAAUGUUAGUCUAGACAGGAAGUCGACGGCAGAAGGAGCUAAAAGUAAAUGAUAUGUGGGACGUUGAGGAAACAGUUGAAUCAACGCCAGUUAUGGAUUUUUUUUCCCCCCCCAGUUAAAACGGAGGCAAAUAUCUCGAUGUUGGCUCCUGAUAUCAUGGAUAGAUUUCAGUGCAACAGUAGGACAAUAAUUAUGAUGUAAUACAUUAUUAUUAUAUUAUGAAAGCAGGGUUCAGGAGGCAGAUGGUUCACAGGAAGCUGAUGAGAAAAUGGGUCAAGUGGACUUGGUGGCGAGGCGAACUGGGACAUGCUGGUGAUACAAGCGCAGAGCGGAGCAUCACCCCCCUCUAUCUGACAGGGAGGGGUUGCUAGGGGCAACGGUGACAGAGAGAAGCAGGCAGCAGCUGGUGGGAUGGAUGACAGGAGAGAGUGGUGGCUGAGUGAUGCCCGGUGUCUCCGCCUCGCAUCGCUGAGCAAAGCUGAUCAAAGCGCAGCUCCAGAUGAAGCCAAACAGAAGCAACAGCAGCUGACGUGCUCUUGAGCUGCCAAUGAGCUGGCGGGAAGCCCCGCCCACUCAGGAUGCAGAGACAGCAGCAGCGCUCAGUGAAUGGAGCAGUUCCCACACUGCAUCAGUGCACUUCCCGGCUCCGACUCAAGCAACAGCGACCAUGAAGAGGCGACAGGAGGAGGACACCAGCGACGACAUGGUGGCUGCUAUUGGAAACGCUGAGCCGCAGCUGGACCUGAGUCCAGAGUCGCCUUCCUCGCCUCCUCUUCCUCCGUUAUCGAUGCCAUCUUCUACCUCCGCGUCCCGGCUCCUGGCUCUCGCCUCGCCAGCCACCCGCCGCUCCAUUUCCAUGGGGGACUUCCGCAGGGUGACGCUGCUGGCCGGAUCCGAGCCCCACUCGCUGUCGGCCACGGCCCCCUCCUCCAAACUGGUCACCCCGAGCUCCAGCAUGGAGUUUGAGGCAGCGCGCCGGCGCCUUCUGGAGGUGGAGGAGCGUCAGCGGGUCAUCAGGGAGAUGGAGCGGCGUCUGGAGGAACUCAGGGAGGUGUUUGUGCGCUCCGAGCAGGAGGUGGUGGUUCACGGGGAGCUGGUGUCCAGGAUUUCCAGCACGGCCCAGCAGGGGGAGCUGUACGUGGCGGAGAACACUCAACGGCUCAAGAAGGGCCUGCGGUUUAAAAAGCAUCGGCCCACCAUCGUGUUCUCGUCGAUGCUUGGACUCCGCACGUGCCUGCCGUGGCCGGUCAAGCUCAAGUAGGACGCUAACCACCCGCAAAAAGACUUCCAUCUUUUCUAGCUACAGUGACACUGCUGCUUUCCACCUUUUUGCUCUUGUAACCUGAGGCUGGUCCUUCAGGUCUUUGAGUGCCUGCCUGUAAGAUGCUUUUCAUUCCGUCACCGGCUCUGCUCUCCAUCCAAAAGAUCAUGAAGCUGCUUCCAUGCUGCAUAGAUGAGUCACGGUGCUGCCAGGAAGCCAGACUCACCACGAGGAGAUUGAGGAACAAGAGGUGCCGUUAAAGAAGCCUGCACGGUUACAUAAAUCCAAGGUGAACAUGAUGCAACUGGAAGAAACGUGCCUUGGUUUCACUCGGGCAGGAACAAAAGCGACACACAAGCCGACGCCAGGACAUUUCCACCCAGUCACCUCGCAACCACUCAGUGCUCCAAAACAACCGAAUGUAACCACUGAAACAUUCCUAGAAAGACGCAGAAUAGAGGCGUGAUAACUGACUCCAGGGGUUAAAACAUGCAGAGGAGGUGAAGGUAGGUCAUCAAUCAGCACAAUAGUUCCUAUUCAUUCAGGGAUGACACGUCGAAGCCAAGGCUUUCGGUGUGCAAUGUUUUUAUCUGUCUGUGAUGUGUCUGCUGCAGUGCCUUGACUCUGCAGCAGACCUGAGUGUGCAGGACGGAGAAGCCCACACACCCGCGGCUGCUCUUUUUCUGUCCGUGCAAGGACAAGUGAGGAGGACGACUGGGAUGCUGGAUUAAAGCUUUCCAAUCUGAAACAAAUGCCCUUCAGCUACAACAAACAGUGCAGUGAUGGUGAAAGAGUGAAAACUAAAGUGGCACCUGGAACAACUGGGGAAUACACAGUAACUACUGCAUAGCUAUGAUCAUAUUUUUGGUAUUUUUACAAAGUAUUUUUAAGUUAAUAUUUUUAAGCUUCUGUAUUCAGUUAUUUUAGCUUUUUUUUAAUAUUAAAUGUUGUGGCUUUUCUGUUGUACUGCCAUUUUUUGCUCCUAAGUCAACAUAUUUUGAGAAGAAGUUUCCACAUCAUACUUCAGAUAAAAAUGAGAAGCUAUUUUGGUUUUGUUUCCUAAAUUUCUCGUGAUCCAGAUGGAACACUAGUACACCUUAGUUUAACCGUCAGGUUCUUUUUCUAUUGAAAUGUUUGGUAGCAGUCAGGCAACACAUGAACAGGGUUGUAAUAACAGACGAAGGGCGAGUCUAAAAUAUGGCUGCAUCUCCUGGCGCGCCAGUAGAUAUAGGCAUCUAACACACUGCCACUUUAGGACAAGCACAAAGCUAUUGCAGUAUUUAUCGGCGCUCAGGUGCUUUUCAUAACAAUUUAAACAGUAGAGCUUUGACAUUUCGAACUGAAAUGUUCCUUUAGAGCAAAGUUAGGACGCUACGUUGCCAAGGACACUUUCUGUCUUCGUGUACAUCUACACCAAAAUAUAACUAUUCAGAUGAGUUGGCUUAGCUCAUGCAUAAGUGAAGGUUCUAGCUGGCCUUACGCACAUGUAUCCGCGGCCCUGUGUACCUGCAGCUACAGCUCUAUAUUGCGUUCCACAUGCCUUACGCAGUUUCUGUACUGUUGAAAGUGAACACAUGAUUUCCCAAAGAUCGCUGGGCCCACUCGCAGGAUGAAUGUACAUUUUCUUCUCCAGGCUUUUGUGUACACCGAGUCAUUUACAGCCCUUUACUUUCCACAGGUCUGCUCUAGUUUUACUCUGACAUCUAUGCGAAUAUUUGGCUUUAAUUCUAGCUUGUAAUGUUUUAGUUGGAUGAAUUUCCUCUGAAAACUGCUACUUGCGUUGCUUCUCUGUGAUUGUAUGCAUUUGAAGUCACAUCUUUUAUUGACUACAUAGGUCAAAAGUUGUGUGAAUGUCCUACUUUGUCGUGUUUUGUUCCACUGGUUACGUCAGUAACAUGAUGACUAGGAGGCUCAUCCUGGUGAGAGAAGCUCUUAGGUGCUACACAUGUACCACACUGGGAUUCACCAUAGCUGAACAGAACGGAACAAUUCUGUACUUGAGCACAUGCAGAUAUUCAUUUUUCAAUGCUGGUGGAUUUUGUAAAUGAUGCUGAAUUAAUAAAUGAAGAA